GCAUCUCGGCCUUCGACGCUCAGCACCUGCAUGCAAGAACGUUCCUCCACUCACUUUUGUAUACCGCUUCUCCGCUACUAUUGCCAGGUAAUACAUGGCACCUUCCGCACUAUUCACCACGCACGUUGCGGUCCUUGAGCUUGAGCUUGCUCAUGCAACUGCAGCCACGCUAAUUACGUGUAUCACAGCACCCAACAGGCAUGUUGGUCGCUAUAAUGACCAUGGGCGUACGGAGGUGAGCUCUGAGAAAACAUUCAGCCUUCUUGAGCGCCGGAUAUGGUGCGCAGACCACCCGCCAGACGCGUCGCGGUCCAGACCGUCUCGUUCCUCCGCUUCAACUCUGCGCUGUGGGUGCCCCUCCGCUCUCCACCAAUCCACCCAUGGUCCUGGAAAAUCUUCCGUUCAAUAUCCGCGCCGUGCGGGGACGCACGCACACACAAGCAGACUGCACCACGGCGUUCUCGCGUUCUGGACACGUAAGGCGCGAGUAAAGUACCCAUGGCAUCUGUGUGGUGUUAAGGCCUAAGGUGCCGCGCAAUGCGCCACCGGAGAAGAGGGUCCUCGCUCGUUCCGGGAGGCGAGUCGCCUCCGAACCCGAGCCUUGCAGGCAGCACGAUCGAAAGCCACACGCACGCGGGACCCGUCGUCGCCUCGUGCCUGCCACCCUCGUUUUCCCAAAGCCUAUUGCUUGUUUCAUCUAGACUGGCGUCUAGC